AUGGUGGGAAUGGACUUGCAAUGGUACAACCAGACGCGAUUACUCCACGCUGACGUGGCAGCCGAUGGCGAGGGGAUAGCUAAGAGCGAGGCGAAGGCGAGGCCGGAUGGGACGGCGGCGGAGAAGGCGGGGAGGAGAAGCGCGUCCCGACGCAGCAGGAAGGGACGCCGCGCUGGCGACGAGCUAUUGGCCGCGCGCGACGCCGCGGACGCCGCUGACAGCGGCGAGGAGUGUGCGGGUGAUGAUAGGGGUGAUGGGGUUGACAGGGCAGCGGCAGACGCAGUAGCCGUGGAAGCAGCAGCAGCAGCAGCCGGGGCAGGGGAUAGUGAAGCGGAAACGGAGAGCGAGAAUGAGACCCGUCGCCCCGUGCCGUCCAUCCGCCCUCCUCGUCGCUCCGCCUCCCGCGCCUCAAGAACAGGCGGCAGCAGCAGCAGGGCAGGCGGCAGCAGGGCAGGCACGAGGCCGGGUCCGCCUGUGGCGCUGAACGUGCGGGACGACCGCGGGUGGACGAUGCUGCACAUCGCCAGCCACAUGGGCAACGUGCGCAUGGUGCGGCAGCUACUGGAGGAAGGGGAUGUUGCGGUGGACGAGCCAUCGCUGGGCCCAAAGUACGCGGGGGCGACGGCGCUGCACCUGGCGGCAGCAGCGGGGCACAUAGCGGUCAUGGACGCGCUGCUGGAGGGCGGCGCUAAUAUUGAAGCGCGCACGCGCGGUGCCUUUGGCUGGACCCCCUUGCACCACGCGGCGCGGCACAAUCGACGGCGAGCCAUCCGAUUCCUCCUGGAAAGCGGAGCAUUCCUGGCGGAGGACAUGCAGGACCCACGCUUCAACCCGCCGCUGCACUACUGCCGCAGCCUGCAGUAUGCCUACCAGCUGCAGCAGAGCAUGAGUAUGGGGAAUGGCGGUGGGGAGGGGAGUAGCAGUGGGGGAGGUAGCGAGUUGGAGAGUGGGAGCGGUGUGGAGGGAGGGGUGGUGGGGGAAGGUGGGGAGGAGGGAGAGGAGCCGGUGCCUGCAGUACCGUAUGCGUACCAGCUGCAGCAGGCAAUGUCUGGGGAAGGUGGUGGGGAGGGGAGUAGCAGUGGGGAUGGCAGCGAGGGGGGCAGUGGGAGCGGUGUGGAGGGAGGGGUGGUGGUGGGGAUGGGUGGGGAGGAGAGGGAGGUGGUGGAUCAAGAGCCAGCCGAAGCCUGCCAUGCCAACCAUAGCUUGUCGACCAUGGCCCAUCCCGUCCACUGUGGCUUCCACAUCAGUGCAAUGUGCAAGUGGCUGUGUAGGGUUUGA